AUGGAAAAGGAACAGGACGCCAUCGUCAUGCGCCUUUUGCGCGAGAUCGACAUAUUGCGCGAGGAAAACAGUCGAUUACGACGCAACAUGGGGCACCUACUCAACGGGGAGCCGCUCUCGCCUACGCCGCCGCAGUCCCGGCGCUCGUCUGUUGCGUCGCUGCGUCAGCAGCAGCUUUUUGGCACGUCCGGCUCCAUGGCGUCGACCCCGUCGAGCUCGCGGCGCUCGUCCUUUUCACAAAUAGACAACUUGAAAUCCGAUCUACAGAAGAAGCGUAAUUCCGCGUGCAACUAUCCCAUAACGCUGAGCAACAACGCGAGUUCGCCGUUUGCGAAUGCUGCGGGGAUGCACGUAGGUAAGCCGGGCACGUACGAGUAUGUUGAAGGCCUCUCUGUGCCGGCUGCAUGGCCUGCUGGGCCGGAUGCAGGCAGCUCUGUGGCAGCUGCCAAUACGCGCGGUCGCCGCCGGCGGCAAUCCAACGAGCCUUCUGUCGGCGGAGGCGGCGUACGGCUGUCCAAGGUGCCUAACCGGACAGGGUACACAGUCCUCUAA